GACCAAUGGGAUGACCUGCACCGCAACGAAGCAGGCCGCCCAAGGGUCAUGACAUAUAUCCGAAAGGGACAGGGUUUAAAAACCCAACUCCGCCACAGCCUGAACUGCAGGGACCUUCUCUGGACUGACGUGAACGGGUACGCCAUCCUGAACGCCUACCGGCAA